GACUCUUCUUCAGCAACCACCUCGGUAGCCAACAUAAAACCGAAAUAUUGACGCCAUAUAUUUAUAUUUAGACCAUGUUUAUGUACAUUAGCUAAUCUCAGUGUUUUAAACACCUUUCUGUUGACGUAUCUACUGGUUAACUUUAACUUACUUUGCUUGUUCAAUUUGCAAACUUGUUAAAGAUUUAUACUGAUCCUAGCACUAGGCUAGUCGCUAAUGCUAACAUCCCUGACCAUGAGCUCACUAAACUACUCCUCCCCUGCUAAAGAAGAAGAGGUCUGCUGUAUGGAGAAAGAAGCCCUAUCGCUGAACAUUGUCGUGAAAGUAGAAGAAGAAGAGGAGGAGGAGACAGCAGAUCAGAUUAACACCAGAGAGAGACAUGACUAUCAUGGAUCCUCUGGCGAGCCUCAACAACAUCCUGAUACUGACGAGGCAGAGAAGAGUCUCUCCAGAUCAGAACACCAGAUGGACAACGCUAGCCCUUCCUCCCUCCCAGAGUCCCCGUGUCGUACCUCUCCCAGUAGCACCUUACUGCUGGGUCUGAAGAGGUUGUCUGUGCGGCUGGUGGACUGCAGGAAAACAACGGGGCUGAGUGGAACUGUUAGAGGAGGAGAAGAGAAGAAAGGAGCAGAUUUUACUAAUCAAAAAAUUGACUGGGAGAGUGACACAGAACGAAUGGAUGAGGACUCUGAGGGAGCACAGUUUAGAUUCCAGCGGGAGAGUGACACAGAACGAAUGGAUGAGGACUUGUUGAGUGAGCACAGUUUUGACUGGGAGAGUGACACAGAACAAAUAGAUGAGGACUCUGUAAGUGAGCACAUUUUUGAUUCCAGCGCAGAAGAAACAUUUUUGGAAGGAAAAGAUCCACGUUUAGAUCAUUGGAGAGACUCUGACUCAGAUGACCUCUGGGAGCCAACUCCAAAGAGACCACUUUCAAGUCCUCCAUCCCCCACUCAUUCAAACGUAGGAAUUGGUUCCUCCAGUCUGACCCCUGCUGCUGUCUCUGGCUCCACACCCACCACCGCCCGGCCAUCUACAGGUGUGAAAAGGCCAGCCCAGAAGCGGAUGAGGGCCAGUGCACCAGCUGCAACUACCACAGAGGGAGAGGAACGUUGGCACACUGUGCUAGAGGAUGACGUGGAGCCACUUCCACCAACAUUUCGACCUAAAAGGCAGCCAGGACCUCAGCUGGACAUGACUGGGAAGUACAGCCCCCUUCAUCUUUUCCAGAUGUUUUUCUCCUUGUCCGUUCUUGAUUCGCUGGUGUCUAACACCAACACGUAUGGGGCUAAGAAGCAAGCAGGGAAGAAAGAGGCAUGGAAGCCCAUUUCCAUCCAAGACCUCUACUGUUACAUCUCACUGGUCAUUUACAUGGGGCUUGUGAAGUUGAAAAACGUGAAGGACUACUGGAGAAGCUCAAGACUCCACCAACUGCCUUUCCCCACCUCUGUCAUGUCUUGUACCAGGUUUCUGACUAUCUGGUGGGCGCUUCAUAUCAGUGACCCACAAGCUGACGACGACAAUGAGAAGAAGAGGGGCACAGCGAGCUUUGACAGGCUCUGCAAAAUCAAACCUCUGUACUCCAGCAUUGUUGAGGCCUGCAAGACCCAUUUUCACCCCGCCCAGAACCUGUCCAUAGAUGAGAGGAUGGUAGCCUCAAAGGAUAUAAUUAACCUCAAACAACAUAUGCGAAACAAGCCAACAAAAUGUGCUUACAAACUGUUUGUUUUGGCCGAUUCUGUGUGUGCCUACACUUGGAAUUGUUUUGUUUACGAGGGAAAUCCGUCUCGGCCACCGACCUGA